AUGACGAGAGCACGCGCCUCGACGACGGGCGACUCCCCGGCCGCCGCAUCCCCUGCACCCGAAAAUCUGCCCUCGAUCCGUUUCUCGGCCUACUACGAUCCCCGCGCGACACGUCCCAGUCUGACUUUCCCUCCCGUUUCACGGACACUGCCUUCGGGCGGCGAGAUCAUCAGGGUCGGCCGUUACUCGGAACGGGACAACCAGCCCAACAUCCCCAACAACACCCCUUCGGCUGCCCCCGUGGGCUUUAAGAGCAAGGUCGUCAGUCGCCGUCACUGCGAGUUUUGGUACGAUGACGGCAAGUGGUACAUCAAGGACGUCAAGAGUUCCUCCGGCACGUUCCUCAAUCACAUCCGCCUGAGCCCGCCCGGUACCGAGUCGAAACCUUUCCCCGUAAAUGACGGCGACAUUGUGCAGCUGGGCAUUGACUUCAAGGGAGGUGAGGAGAUGAUUUUCCGCUGCGUCAAGAUGCGGCUGGAGCUCAAUCGAGGCUGGCAGAACAAGCUCAACACUUUCAAGUAA